UUGCGACAGCGGCGGCGCUUGGCGGCGGUCGGCGGGGCCGGUGGCGGCGGGGCGGCCAUGCUGCUCACCGUGUUCUGCCUGCGCCGCGACCGCAGCGAGCUCACCUUCUCCCUCCAGGUUGACGCCGACUUCGAGCUGCAGAACUUCCGCGCGCUCUGCGAGCUCGAGUCCGGCAUCCCGGCCGCCGAGAGCCAGAUUGUCUAUGCAGAGCGGCCUCUGACCGACAACAACCGAUCCUUGGCUUCCUAUGGCCUGAAGGAUGGCGACGUGGUGAUUCUGCGGCAGAAAGAGGCUGUAGAGCCGCGGCCCUCUAUCCGCUUCCCAGGUCUGCCAAGGAUAGACUUCAGCAGCAUCGCUGUUCCGGGGACAUCCACGCAGCAGCACCAACCACCAGCGCAGCGUCUUCGCCCCUCGCCUCCCGAUGCGCCUUCCUUCCCGCAGGGUCUGGACAAUCCGGCACUGCUCCGGGAGAUGCUGCUGGCGAAUCCCCACGAGCUGUCCCUGCUGAAGGAGCGCAAUCCACCCUUGGCAGAGGCAUUGCUCAGUGGAGACCUUGAGAAAUUCACCAGGGUUUUGUUGGAGCAGCAGCAGGACAGAGCCCGGCGGGAGCAAGAGCGGAUCCGACUCUAUUCAGCUGAUCCUUUUGAUCUUGAGGCACAGGCCAAGAUAGAAGAAGACAUAAGGCAACAAAACAUUGAAGAAAAUAUGACGAUAGCGAUGGAAGAGGCUCCUGAGAGUUUUGGCCAGGUGGUGAUGCUGUAUAUUAACUGCAAAGUCAACGGACACCCAGUGAAAGCCUUUGUUGACUCAGGUGCCCAGAUGACCAUCAUGAGCCAAGCUUGUGCUGAGAGGUGCAACAUAAUGAGGCUGGUGGAUCGGCGAUGGGCUGGCAUCGCGAAAGGCGUAGGGACACAGAAAAUCAUUGGCCGAGUGCACUUAGCUCAGGUCCAGAUUGAAGGGGAUUUCCUGGCAUGCUCCUUCUCCAUCCUUGAAGAGCAGCCCAUGGACAUGCUUCUAGGACUGGAUAUGCUGAAGAGGCAUCAGUGCUCGAUUGAUCUCAAGAAGAACGUACUCGUGAUUGGCACCACCGGCUCCCAGACCACGUUCCUCCCAGAGGGCGAACUCCCAGAGUGUGCCCGGCUGGCGUAUGGGGCUGGGCGGGAAGAUGUGCGGCCAGAGGAGAUUGCAGACCAGGAACUAGCAGAAGCAAUACAGAAAUCUGUAGAGGAAGCAGAGAAUAGUGACAAAGAAACUACCUCACUGGAAAUGCCCUCAUUACCAGCUUCUGAUGGGUUUCAAGAUCCAGUCCAGUCUUCAGGACUAAAUUCCAAGAUCUGUAAUCCCACAAAUCAAUUACUUGAUCGUUCUGUCUCUGCCCCUGCUUCAGUUUGCUCAUCGGAAUCUAGCCUCGCAGAGCCCAUUGAUCCUAGAGCCGUCAAUUCUUUGGAGUCUCCAACUGAAUACCAGAUAAGCCCAGAAAAAGAACAUCCUCUCUUAUCACAGCAUCUUUCCGAUAACGCUUCCUUGGCAGAUAACGAUCCUUCUCCCCGGACAGGGGAGAUGCCCUGUUGCAAUCCAGCUUGCCUUUCACAGAAGACACUCAAAGAAACAUUUAUUGCUGACAGUCUAAAGGAAUGUAAUAUUAAAGAACAAGACUAUGGUCAGAAACAUCCUUUGGAAGUGACAAAAGAAAACAGUUUUGCAGACACUGAUGCUAAGCACGGGCAAAAUACAGAUAUACAUCUGUCUUCAGAGCAGGAGCAGAAAUGUGAACUUGCCAUAGACCCUCAGACAUGCAAAGAACCUGAGAAGGAACAUCUGGAGAAGCAGAGUGAGAAAACUGACCCACGACCUCCUUGCCACGUUGGUGGGGCUGAGAAACCUGUUGUGGAAGAAGCCAGCCAGCCAGAAAAUUCUCCUACAGAAACAAGAGGAGAUGGACUGGAGAAGGCAGGUCUUUCCUGUGUGAAAGGGGGUAUCCAAAUGUCAGCUUCCUGUAGCCUUAUUCAUACAGAAGCCUUCAUGGAAGUAGAUGUAGUCGAGCAGUCUGCAGCUGAAGCGCACAGCUCGGUGAGUGAGCAGGAGCCACAGGGUGAGGGCAGAAGUGCAUCUGACCUGAACUCGGACACCUUUUCUAUGGAGGUGGAGUCACUGAAGUCUGCAUCCUCCUUGAGCGAUCCGCUUACCACCAGCGAUGUCCCGCAGUCUAACAGCAGUAGGGAAACUCCAGCGAAGUAUGAGUUGUCUGAUUUGGCGGCUGAAGACAGCUCUUCCUUCUCCAGCAUCCAUCAGCUGGACAUGGGUGCAGGAAGGCCUUCAGAAGAGCCAUGUUUCUCUCUAGCAUCAGCCUUGAAAGAGCUGCACAAACUCUUGGUUAUCAGUCAGAAAGGAGAAUGUAAAAUCCAUGCAUUGGAAGAAGUCUCUCAGCUGGAAAUGGUUCGCAGAGAGCCAGCGGUGCAGCCAGAGGGGCUUUCUGACAGUGAGCAGAAGGGCUCAGAUCCAGUCAGUCAGGAGCAGAGUUGUUCCUCCUGUGAGGUGAGGUCUGAAGGUGGAAGAGAAGAGGGGAAACAGCUUUGUGAUUCCAGCGUAGGAAACGUCAGCACCGAGGCUAUCAGUCACAUGCAGUCAGCUCUCGGAGAGGGUGCUUUAGAGAUUCAGGAGUUUCCAGGUAAGAGCGAUGCGGUGGCGGCGAGUUCUGCAGCGACAUCUGACCAGCAGCAGAGCUCUGAACAAGCAAAGGUUGUCGCAGAAGGUUGUCAGAGUCCUCCUAGUCUGACUUCAGAGCAGAACACAUCUGUUUCCUCAAAACCUGCUUUGGAUGAAGGAGCUCCUCAAGAUCCUCGGAGCCUGCUCACAGGAGCACCCAGGAGAAGCAGCAAUCCUGCUCCAGAAGGUCCGUGGCCAUUGGGUGGGUGCGAGGACCCGCUGCCAAGCCCACCAACUCGGGGGGCUGGACCAUCCUCAGGUGCUGCUCCACCACCUGCUUUCCCUGCGGCUGACGUUGAUCGCAUCCUCAGCGCUGGUUUUUCCACCCAGGAAGCUCUUGAGGCUUUGGAACAAGUGGAUGGAAACGCAGAUCUUGCUCUUCUCAUUUUGCUAGCCAAGAGUAUCGUUGUUCCUACGUACCUGCAGAAGAGGUAGCUGACCGGGGUGUCUUUGCUUUGAAAGGAUGUGUCUAAGUUAUGCAUCAUCACAUACGAGCAGAACAUUGAGCCAGAUUUUUUAAUUAUUUGCAGCCAAAGUAAUUUGUCUCUUCUGUUUCACUCGUUAGAUUUGGCAUUUUAAAAGAAAGGAAGCAUCCUAGCAGUGUGUGGACAGGGUAGCUUUUGAUUACGCAUAUUGGAUUGAAAUUGGUGUUUCUGUUUAAAUGUAUGAUUUUAGAAUAAGCUCCGAUAUUAGGAAUAAAAAGCAGAAGCUGUUAAGAGCCCCACCCUGUCCAGCACGAAGCAGAUUGUGAAUUGCCCGUGCCCACAGCUGCCCAGGACAGAGGUACACGCUGAGCUCUGUGUGCGACGCGAAACAGCGCUUCUCCGGAUGGACUUGGUGGAUUUGUUGUAGCUCUCCUGUGCUUUGUAACCCAGUGCCCGUCUCUGGUGCUGCUCAAACUGUUAUGGCAGCUACAGAAGGUACGUAGGUGCCCCCGGACGUGUGACGCUCCGCAAGAGGAGCGAGGGGUGGAGGGGGUUCGGAAGCGUGCGGUUUUGUGCGUGCGCGGGGAAGGCUGAGGCCUGGUUUUGCCAAACCCUAUUAUGCUCUUGGGCCAGCGUGUUCAAGUUUACAACGCGGGGAUAGAAGAAGGGAAGGGACAGAAAUUUGGUGCUACCAAAACUUCAGAGACGUUUUAACUUAUGUGAAAGUGUGCUGGUAUUGACUGGGAGGGGAGGGGGGAAGGAAUAGUUUACAUUUUUUCUCCCUUGCCCGCAUCUUUUCCCCCGUACAAAUGAACAAACUCAACCACUUUAAGGCAAAACCUUAAUGAUGAAAUUGUUUAACAAACCAACCAUAUGUUGUGGCUCUGAACACCCCUCUGCCUGGGGAAGAGUGGCCUUUGUCAGUGGAUCCGUUCCCUGUGCAGUGAGCAGGGCAAUGAUCGGAAGGAAAAGACCUGCUUUGCAUGAGUUUGUCUGGAUAUCUGGGGUGUCAGCCCCUUGGCUGUGGGAAUGCAAACUGCCGAGAGCCCCUGGGGGCUGGUGGGGUACUAAUUCAAUACCUCUUAACAAGUGAGGGCUCCCCAACAGGGUUUAUGAAACAAAUGCACUGACGUGGCUUCUGCGUUAUAACCAUCGUGGCCUUCCAGAAAGCCUCCGGUGAGCAGCCUGCGUGGUGAGGACUCACGCGGCUGUGCUGUAGGGAGCCCUUUCCAGAUGCUUUUCUUGGGAAUGAAUUACACUGUGAUACUCUGCAGAGGCCCAGAACACCGCUGGGGCCGGGGAGGGGGAAAGGGAAGUGUGGCUGACACACAAUACCAAAUUUUAACUAGGAACACUUGGAAGUCUCAGAAGUGGCUUUGUGUCACGAAUUCAUCUUGAACUUUCUGCUUUGAGCUAGACCUGAAGUGAUGGGUGAGCAGUGGCUGGAAACGUGGUUUGUUGAUGGCUUUCAUUUGUCAUUAUCGUCGUCUCAGGCCUGUGUCCCUGGUGUUCUCUUCUCCCUGUUGCUUAGCGGAUUUGCCUACGUGUACGCUAGGCUUUUUUUCUGCAGGGUGGCCUUUAAAAACAACACAAAUCUGGUUUCAUCUGUGAACUUGCAGGAGUUUCUGCUGUCAGCAAGUGGUGGUUGUCAGAUUUUUCUUACAUACUUGGGCAGCCAGGAGAUCCUUAAUGAGAACAAAGAGCUUUAUGGCAUUCCUCUGUCGAAUGGAGCUUUGACCUGAGCGUACCAGCCAGGCCUGAGGCUCCCAGACAUGUUUAGCUCGUAUCCCAGUACCUGUGACACCAGCAGUAAGCGCUGCUCCACAGGGAUGUAGGAAGCAGCACGUGGCUGUUUGGGAACCCCUUGCUCAAGCAGCAUCAAAUAAUUCACUUGAGGCUCUGUUGAAAAUGAAUGAUUGAGGCAAGACUACAGCUUUAUGAUCUCUACUGUGGAGGUGGUGAGUUACCCCUGCUAAGUUUUAAUAUUCUCCUUUCAAUGAGCCCCUCGAAUCAGCCAAACCCCCUCUGUAACACUCAGACUGGUACAGGAGUACGGUGUCGUCGGGUCUUUCUCUCAAAGCCCUCAGAAAUGAGACCUGUUAGACCCGCUCCCAUCUGCAGCUGGUUCACUCAAAAGCAGCAACAAGAGUGAAGCUGCUGGCUCUCCCAUCCAGAGCAUCCUCAGGCUAACGGCCGGAUCUGCUUUGAUUCGCACCCAGGUCUCAGUGAGGUGGUCCUGGGAGCCAGGCCCGCUCUGGUGCACGGAUACCGGCGUUGAGCUGGCCGCCUUGGGUGAGCGAGAGCUGAAUUUGCACCCUUAGCCUGCAGGUUCACCUGCUGCCAGCUCCCUGCAGCAUCAGACAUCAGACAGUCAAUGUUAUCCCCUUCUGUAUUUACACUUUGUUUUAGAAAUAGUGCUAAUAGCUAGACGAAGUACUGCUGCUUUGCACCAAACUGGCUAAAGGCUCUAGUUUUAUGGCCACAUUUAGACUGCAUAUACAGAAUUUAUGCUAUAAAAGCUUUAGAGCAUCAGCCAAUUUGCUUCAACGCUCAGUUUUAUUCUUUGAUAAAGAGAUCUUCUGGAAUCUGCCCUUCUGCCAAAGCUGUACUGAAGCAUGUAUCGACAGUGCUGGAAUUUCCUGGGUCGCUAUCUCUGAACUGCUAGAAACAUAGCCUGACCCCAACUGAGAAAUACCUGUAAAACUCUUUUGUCAAGUUGGUCCAAGCCUGGUGAUUUAAAUCUCUUCAUUUCAAAGCCUAUCUCUGAGCGAAUGGCUACAUGCUGCUAAAUUAGAGAAUAAUUUAUUUAGGAGUAAGGUUUAUGUCAGAGAAAAUCUGGGCAGUGGUGAGUAUUUAAGGUUCGAAUAAAAUGUAAUUGAACGUGUCUUUAGCAAACACUGUCUAGAAGUUGUCAUCUGUUUUAACGUGCACGUGUGUCCUCUCUGCUGUCUGCACACGUCCUUUGCUCAGCCCUUAGCAAUCCCUUAUCCGCUUGCUCUCUGUGCUUACCUGGCCUCGGAAGUCGGAAUACUCCUAUUCAUGUUGGGGUGGCUUCUUGGCUGGAGUCGGGGAUAAAGGUAGCGCCAAAAGCUGUUUGGGUUUCCAGGGAGCCUUGUACUCUGGCCUGAAAUAAAGCACUUCGCUCUCUUCCCCCUCCUCGUCCUUCAGUGUUCCACGUACUAACGCACAUCAGCUUAGCAAAAUUAUUGCAGGAUGAAAAGUCCAUCUAUAGGGAAUAAAGCAAUGCUGGGAAGCUGCUUCGUAAAGAUGCCAGUGCCUGCGGGGACCCUCGUGGGUCUGCAGACCUGGUUUCUGGGUGUCUUCUGAGCCACUGUGGCCGUGCACCUCGCUGUUGGGUUCUGAGAUGUAUCCUUUUCCAUUAAGAUACUGAAGGAACUUGCCUGGUCUCUUGCUAAUCCUGUUCAUGAGUUCAGAGGUGAUGUUUAGUGAAAUAGCAAUAUCUGAAGGCGUCUGGGCGCAGAUAGCUCUGACAAGAGGAGGAAAUAGCUCCUGGUGCCGGUCCCUGGUGUGUUUGCCGCCUGCUGGACAAGGCUGCGCUGUGUUGUCCUGACAAUCUCUGCCUCGUUGCUACAUACGUUCAACUUUCUCCUUCCUCCAGGACUGUCCAUCUUGUACCUCCUAGAUGUGUUCCUUUCCUCCUGUCUCUGUCUCUCUGUUGGCCAACACCCUCGGCCCCACAGUGUGAAUGUUGGGGUUGAACAGUGCAGGGACAGGAGUUGGAUGUGAUGAUCCUUGUGGGUCCCUUCCAACUCAGAUCAUUCGAUGAUUCUCCUUCUGGCCAUCUCCCUUCCUCAAAAGCACCAAUAAUUAAGUGUAAUGCUGGACUCCCAGAUAAGUUCUCCUUAGAACGCUGUGCCCCCCGCCGGGGCUACAAGAAAGCUGGGGAGGGACUGUUUACAGACGCUUGUAGUGGUAGGAUGAGGGGCAACUGGUAUAAACUGGAGAGGGGCAGAUUUGGACUGGAAAUAAGGAGGAAUUUCUUCACUGUGAGGGUGGGGAGGCCCUGGCCCAGGUUGCCCAGGGAAGUCGUGGCUGCCCCAUCCCUGGAGGUGUUCAAGGCCAGGUUGGAUGGGCCUUGGGCAGCCUGAGCCAGUGGGAGGGGUCCCUGCCCAUCACAGGGGGGUUGGAACUGGAUGAUCUUUAAGGUUCCUUCCAACCCAAAGUAUUCUAUGCUUUAUGAAUAAAAGGAGGAACAGAUCCUAGAGGUUUCCUCACCAGACUUGGGCUUCUUGCCAAACAGCUCCCCAGAACUCUAACAUGAAUUCCAAGAGCAGAAAUCCAAAGGUAAUUUUGCCUGCCUCUCUCAGAAGUCGGCUUGGGAAUUGGGGUUGGUUUCGAGUACAUCAUUCCCUUCUGAAGCGUUCAAGAGAUUUCUCCCUGCACUGUAGAUGUAGCUUAGCCUGUGAUCCAAAUGCAUCGGGGUUUGGGUCACCCAUUGAGUGAUGCUUUUUAGCUGAGGAGUUUUACAGACUCACUUAAGGAACUUGAGGGAAUCAAUACUCAGGAAUCCUAAAGCUGGUUGCAUUUGUGUCAUUUACUCUUCUGGGCUGAACAUACUGUGGGUGUCCUCGCCGGUGGCUGAAGGGAGGAACGAUUGUGUCAUCAGAGAUCGGGAUGUGGUUCUGCCCAAAGUAAUACACACUUGAUUCUUUUUUUUUUGA